GAUGGAGCCAGACAGGACUCAGAUAAAACUUGACCCUAGGUACACAGAAGAUCUUCUGGAGGUGCUGAGAACCAACUAUGGCAUCCCUUCAGACUGCUUCUCCCACCCCCCCACUGCAGCCCAGCUCCUGAGAGCAUCGGGCCCUGUGGAAAUUACCCUCCUGGCCAUCAUGACCUCUCUUGCCCUGGGUUCAAUUGCCAUCUUCCUGGAGGAUGCUGUCUAUCUGUACAAGAACACCCAUUGCCCCAUCAAGAGAAGGACUCUACUCUGGAGCAGCUCUGCACCCACGGUAGUGUCUGUGUUCUGUUGCUUUGGUCUCUGGAUACCUCGUUCCCUCAUGCUUGUGGAGAUGGCCAUAACCUCGUUUUAUGCUGUGUGCUUUUACCUGCUCAUGCUGGUCAUGGUAGAAGGCUUUGGUGGUAAGGAGGCAGUAUUGAGAGCUCUGAAGGACACCCCAAUGAGGGUUCAUACAGGCCCCUGCUGCUGUUGCUGCCCCUGCUGUCCUCCACUCUUGCUCACCAGAAAGAAGCUUCAGCUGCUAAUAUUGGGCCCUUUCCAAUAUGCCUUCUUCAAGAUAACACUGAGCCUGGUGGGACUGUUCCUCAUCCCUGAUGGCAUCUAUGACCCAGCAGAUAUUUCUGAGAAGAGCACAGCUUUAUGGAUCAACACUUUACUUGGUGUGUCCACCUUGAUGGCUCUCUGGGCCCUGGGCAUCCUUUUCCGUCAAGCUAAGCUGCACCUGGGUGAACAGAACAUGGGAGCCAAAUUUGUUCUUUUCCAGAUGCUUCUCAUCAUGACUGCCCUGCAGCCUGCCAUUUUCUCCAUAUUGGCCAAUGGUGGACAGAUUGCUUGUUCACCUCCAUUUUCCUCUAAAACCAGGUCUCAAGUGAUGAAUUGCCACCUCCUUAUACUGGAGACUUUCCUGAUGACUGUGUUGACGCGAAUGUACUACCGAAGAAAAGACCACAAGGUUGGGUAUGAAACUUUCUCGUCUCCAGACCAGGACUUGAACCUCAAAGCCUGAGGAGAAUGGCUUGGACAAUGAUGGGGAGAGAUGCUGUAUGCAUUUGGAGAACAUGAGAUUUCUUCGCUGUCCCUCACCUUCACCAAAUGGGAAAGAAUCUCAUUGUCAGCACAAGCUAAUGGAUUACAUUUGACUAUAGAGAUGAAGGCAAAUUAUGCAGUAGAAUGAAACUGUUUUGGAUAUUGCCCAGGGAAGGUAUUUUAAGUUUUGUAAUAAACAGGAUACAAUCUGAAACUCUGUAA